UGAAGAACAGCCAUCUUUAACAACCAUACUACCAAAAACCGCGACGUAUGUCGUCAAUACGGAUCAGCAGUUGCUUCGGCCGAACAUUAACACCGUUUCUCUAUCCGCCUCUCGAAUCAGCACUUUCGUGCACUACGCGACUACGGUCCCUCCGUAGGAUACAUCCAAUCUCGAAAAGAUGCAUGCACGAUAACGCGCAAUCCGAGAAUCAGAACAAUGCGGAACCAGAUGCAAAAUAUUCUCAAUUAGACCCCACGCCGGACGAUUAUGCAUUGACCCCAUUCGCCGACCGAUGUAUCCUCACCAUUGAAGCUGGCUCUGGAGGCCAUGGUUGUGUAUCUUUUGUUCGAGAAAAGUACAUCGAAGAGGGCCCACCUAAUGGAGGCGACGGUGGCAGCGGAGGCAAUGUGUAUAUCCAAGCGGUUCGAGGGGAGACAUCUCUUCACAAGCUUGCUCGUAGAAGACUCAUGAAGGCUGGAAGAGGCCGAAAUGGUCAGGGCAAGAUGAGAGGCGGCGAGAGGGGCGCUGAUGUGCUCAUCACGGUGCCUGUUGGGACCAUCGUUCGAGAAAUCCAACGCCACGAUCCUUUCGAAACGGCGGAGAGAGAACACGAAGAGGCAGAAAGAACUGGUCAGAUGGACCUUCCCGGUGAGGAAGGAGGGAAGGGGAGCUACAGGAAAGACAAAUGGCUUGUCUUUCCGGGUACAGUUCCUACUGAGCUGAAUAGGAUGGUCUUCCCUCGCCUACCACCACCUCGUCGAUCGCACCUUGCAGCGCUUCAACCUGAAGCUCCAAUGUGGCUAGACCUGGACAAACAUAUGGAAACACCUAUGCUAAUCGCUGCUGGUUCCAUGGGCGGUCUUGGAAACCCACACUUCGUAACAUCGAAUCAUUCGAGACCAAAGAUGGCCACGAGAGGCGAUGAAGGAAUGAAAAUCUCAUUGCAGCUAGAGCUCAAGCUUCUGGCUGAUCUCGGAUUGGUUGGCCUCCCAAACGUUGGAAAGAGCACACUACUUCGAGCCCUCAGCAACAGCCGAGCUCGCAUCGGAAAUUGGGCUUUCACAACACUUCAACCAAACGUGGGUACGGUAGUUCUAGAUAACCACAAAGGCCGUCCUGCAGUCUUGAGACGAGGAACAGACGGCGAACUGCGAGAGAACUUUACCAUAGCAGAUGUCCCAGGACUGAUUGAAGACGCACAUCUCGACAGGGGACUUGGUUUAGGCUUCCUACGGCACGUAGAACGAGCUGCAGUAUUGGCUUUUGUCAUCGACCUCUCCGCAGGGGAUGCAGUGGCUGCGCUGAAGCUACUCUGGAAGGAGGUUUCGGAGUACGAAGCUCUGAGAGAGCGAGAGCUCAAUGCAGAUACGGAACGCCGCAUGGUUACGUAUCGUCCUGCUAACAGUGAGACGCGACGGAAGGGCACAUCGGAGAGGCUCGAAUCCCCUGUGAUGAACCCUUCAAUUGAAGAGCUUCCCUAUCUGACAUCGACCGACAUCUCAUCGAAGCCUUGGUUCGUUGUCGCAACAAAAGCAGAUCUCCCAGGUACACAGGCAGUGUACCAAGAUUUGCAGAUGUACAUUCGCCAGAUUAAUAAUGGCGAACAACCGCAUCCUAGUGGUCGAAAGAAUGCGUGGAAGCGCAAUGUUCAGUCGAUUCCAGUCAGUGCAAUCAAAGCAGAGGGUGUUGAAAUACUUCCUCAGCUUGUGAUGGACUUGCUCGACGAAUGAUUUAUUCAAGCGAUUAGAUAUCAUAUACAGGAGCUACCAUCCGGCACACCAAUCGCACAGUAAUCUCCAAUCAAUGCGUACAUUUCAGCACAUGAGCCAUAUCUUCAUUAUGAUGCCCAAUAUAUGCCGACGAGAUUCAGUCAGGGUGCGACGAUUGCCGCUUAGCAUUGUUUAUAACCACAGCCACCCACCCUUGCAAGAUCCCGCUCAUCGACUGCAUAUCAGCGUUUCAUGCAGCAGUGCUUAUUUAUAAGUGUAAGAAGUACUUUAGAGAUUUCUGAAAGGC